UUACAUUAUGAAUUUUUGAACAGUUGGUACAUAACUCCCGCGUUUACUAGCGCGUGGUGAUGCGUUGCAUUUGUAUCAACAUUAUGAAUAAGCUUCGAAAUUAAGUGUUAUUCAAGAAUAGUAUUUGUACUCCGAAUUAUUUGACACUUUAUGUGACGAAGAAAUACUAAAAAAAGGUUGAUCAUUACAAAGUGUGAUUACAUUUCAGUAGCUCAAACAAUGUCGUCGUUCAAUUUGAACGAUCUUGAAGCACAAUUACAAGAUGUUACUGAAAAUAAUGCCGGUAACGGUGUCUCUUUCGCAAAGAAAUCGCUUAAACUUGAUACUGAAGAAGACGCGUUGGAAAUAGUCAAAGCAAUACGAGCAUGUACAAAUCUGGAGUAUUUAGACUUAGAAGGCAAUACUUUAGGACCACUUGCAGCCAAAGCUGUAGCUCAGGCAUUACAAGAAAAUGGUACAUUAAUGAAACGUGCUCUUUGGAAAGAUAUGUUUACUGGCCGUGUAAAGACAGAAAUACCAAAAGCUCUUGAAUAUCUUGGCUCUGCGCUGUGUAUUGCUGGUACCCGCCUCUUUGAACUUGACUUAAGUGAUAAUGCUUUUGGCCCAAUUGGUAUUGAAGGAUUAGCCAAUUUCCUAACUUCUAGUUCUUGUUACACUCUUCAUGUACUGAGAUUAAAUAACAAUGGACUUGGAAUAUCAGGUGGAAAAAUAUUGGCAAAAGCAUUAUUAGAUUGUUAUAAUAAUAGUUUCCAGGGAGGAUCACCUGCCUUAGCACUAAAAGUGUUUGUGGCUGGAAGAAAUAGAUUGGAAAACGAUGGUGCAAAGGCGUUGGCAUCUGUUUUUGAAAAAUUAACCAGUUUAGAAGAAGUUGUUAUGCCUCAAAAUGGUAUAUACUAUGAAGGUAUAAUAGCACUUGCCAAUGGAUUGUCUUCUAAUCCUGGAUUGCGAAUUUUAAAUCUCAAUGAUAAUACUGUUGGGCCAAAAGGAGCCCAAGCAAUUGCCAAAGCAUUACCAAACUUCCAAAAUUUAGAACAACUUAAUCUUGGCGAUUGUUUGCUCAAAACACAAGGUGGUGUAGUUUUAGCAGAAGCGUUAGGAGUUGAAGGAAGUUAUCCAUUACUUGCAGAACUUAAUUUAAGUUACAAUGAAAUCAGAACAAGGGGUGCCAAUCCCAUAGCUCUUGCUAUGGCUAAGAAAGAACGUCUUGUAACCCUACAAUUGGAUGGAAACCAUUUUGGUCAAACUGGCCGUACUAUUUUACGCGAUUCGCUUAUAAUUUCUGAAAGAAUUGGAUCGUUAGGUACAUUAAAUGAUGAUGAAAGCGGAGAUAACGAAGAAUCUGAUGAAGAAGAUGAGGAGGAAGAUGAUGAUGAAAGUGAUGAAAAAGAUGAAAGUGAAAAUGAAAGCAAAGAAAAUAUAGAUAAUAACAAGGACAUGAUUAUAAAUGGCAGCAUAGUACCACCAAAAGUAACCAUCGUGGAAUUUUUAAAAUCACCAACAGGAGAAAAAUUAUUGCUAUUACCAGAUGAUGUAGUGCAAGAUUUUAUAACUCACGCCAAAAAUUUGUCGGAGAAUGAUGCAUCUCCUGAAUUAAAAUUCAUCGAAGAGUUUACAAGAAUAAUUAUGAAAGUAUCAGCACUCAGUACAACUGGUUAUGCUGACGUGAGACUAAGAACUCAGUAUCUUACAGAUGUUUUAUAUUCAAAACUAUGUUCUUUUGUAACAGAAAAUGAUCAGAUUUCUGUUUGGAAUAACACAUUGCUAGUCAACCUAGGUUUAAUAAAAGCUGAAGAUAAAAGUAGUGGGAAAAUUGAUUGGAAUUUGGAAGGAUGUUUCAAAGCGUUAGAAACAGUUAGUCAAAAAGAUUAUUUUUUACAAGAGACACGAAGUACAUUGAAAUUUUUUUUAGAAAAUCCAGUAAAAGUAAACAAAAAAAAAGUUAUGGAUUCGUUUGAAGAUUCAAAAGAUUCUCUUAAAGCUGUUCUAAAUCGUAUGCAAAAUUACAAAUACCGAAAUUGUAUUAGACUGUUCAGCGAGUCGAAUUAGUUGAGGGAAACAGACACACGUGACUGGGUAGGAGCGUAUUCACAACCUUCAGAUACUACAGAAGAAAAUAUUGAUACAUUGUUCCUCAUAUAUUUAACUACUUGGUAUAGUAAACAUUUUUUGGUUUACACAAAAUAUUUUAAAUUGUGUAAACCAAAUUUUGACCCAGUUCUCAGUCCACAUCGUACAUUAUGCAUAUCAUAAACCUGAGAAGUCAAAGGAGAAAAGGAAAAUCAACGUCUACCAGCCAUUAACUAGAGUCCUUUGUAUCUAUCAUGUGCUUAGCAAUCCUAGCACACGGAUGUUGUUUACCUUUAUUGACUCGACUCAUUGAAUGGAGUAUAGAACUCAAGUAAUGAAUACAAAAAUUUUAGUUGAAGAUAGUAUCUUUAUCAAUUUGAAAUAUAAAAAACAGGUUGAAAUUCUACAGAAUAAAUAACGUUUAUCAAUAAAA